GCCGCCGAGCCGGGCCGGCCGACACAACCGCACGCACCUCGGGAUGGGAGCCGUCGGCGGGCCCCGACGAGCCGGAGAGCGGGCCCCCCGCCAAUGGGGAAGUCGACGAGACGAGGCCGUCUUCCUCGCGCGCCCUUCCCGGAUGUCUCCACGCUGCUGAGUGCCCCCCGACAUGGUGGGCCACCCAGUGGUGCCGCGGCACAGCAAAAUGCAUGCAUCACCCGGCACACUGUGCUGCUGGCUCAAUCACUCUCUCUUGUUCUCUCUCCCCCUCUCUCUCUCUAGAUCACUCUUGGGCGUGCAACUUUUUCCUCCCUUCUUAUUCACAUCUCCCAACUCCCGUCGUUCACAUCUCUCACCAACCACCAACACACCUUCUCUCCUCCUCCUACCUCCAUCCAUUGCAUUUGCACCCUGCACCUGCGUAUGCCUGAUCGCCUCUUUGCUCUUCUUCCUAUCUAGCUACCUCACUGCCGUAGUUACCUUUCAAUUCGUCGACGCGCCAACGGCACGAAGAUGAAAGAUCAGCUUUCGUACAUGGAAAUAAUGGAGUAACUAGCAGGCAGACCGUAUUUGGAAGGUUUUGUGGCUCAGCUCGUUGGUUUGGCAGAACACCAUAUCACGUGGUUAGUUAGCUAGAGGCAUCUAGCGAUCGAUCGAUGAUGGCCGGAGCACCCUCGAUGCACAUCUGCAUGGACUCGGACUGGCUCAAGUGCUUUCAGGGCAUCGUCCCCGAGGAGCCCGGGAUGGGGUCGUCGUCGCCGUCGGCGGAGCUGAUCGCGUGCCCGCGGCCGAUGCACGCGGCGGCGGCGGACAGGCGUCUGCGCCCGCAGCACGACCAGCCGCUCAAGUGCCCGCGGUGCGAGUCGACGCACACCAAGUUCUGCUACUACAACAACUACAGCCUCUCGCAGCCGCGCUACUUCUGCAAGACCUGCCGCCGCUACUGGACCAAGGGCGGCUCGCUCCGCAACGUCCCCGUCGGCGGCGGGUGCCGCAAGAACAAGCGCGCCAGCGCCAAGAAGCCCGCCGCGCCGCCGCUGCAGCCGGCGCUGCAGGCGCACGCGCGGCACAUGGCGGAGACGGGCCUCCACCUGUCCUUCUCCAGCAUGCAGCAGCUCCCGCCGCAGCUCGCCGCGGCCGAUCCGCUCUGCAGCCUCGGCCUCAUGGACUGGAAGUACGACCCUAUCCUCACAGGCUCUGGUGGCGCCGCCGCGCUUGAGAGCGCAAACUCCGAGGCGCGCAUCGCGGGGGCCGGCAUGAUGGGCAUCCCCGGCAGCGGCGGCGGCGAGUGCCACGCGCUGAGCGCGCUCCGGUACGCGGCCGGCCUGGGGGAGCACCUGCAGGCACUGCCGUUCGGUGCGCGCGCGGAGCACGACGCCGUCGAGGUGAAGCCGGCGGCGGCGGAGAGGCUGCUGUCGCUGGACUGGUACGGCGAGGCGAGCCGCGCGCCGGAGAGCGCCAUCAGCUCGCUUAACGCGCUGGGCCUGUGGAGCGGCAUGAUCGGCGGCGCGCACCAGCACUAUGGCUCCUCCGCGGCCAUCUGAUCUAGCAAAAAUGCACACAGGCGCGCACCCCUCCAUGCAUGCGUAUGCAUGCUGCACGCACGCAUGCAUUAGUGGUUUGCUAGUAGCGUUAACAAGUAAGAGUGACUACGUAGAAGUGCUUGGCUUCUUGUUGUUUUUGGAGUCGUCAUGUCCUGUUUAUUUUCA